GGAGCGGUGAUCGUUAUGCACACGGCUUUGCUAAUGGCGAAUGGAGUCCAAAAACUGAAAUAGAUUAAGGAUGGCUGACAGAGAUAUUUGUGAAAUUGAAGAAGAUUUCAUAGCAUUCUUUAAUAGCCUUUUAGAGAUGUUUGAGUUUUUUGAGGAGAAAGACAGAUUUACUCAUGAUGACAUUGAAUUUGGCCAGGAAAGAUUAAGAGGAGCAAUUAAUACCCUGUCGUUUAUUCAAUCACAUCCAUUAUUUAAAAAUCGGGCAUCACCAGAUUUACAGCAAUCUGUGAAAAUCCUUCUGGAUUAUUUUAGUGAUGCGAGAAAAUUUUUUCAAGACAUUCAACCACCUCAAUGCAGUGUCCCAGCAAUUGUGAAUGGUGCAGGGGAGGUAUUGCAUACAGGAGAUGUAGGCAGACCUACAGCAUUUAUAAAUAUAGAGCAAGUGAUUUAUUUAUUGAACCAUGGAUUUAAAUAUACGGAAGUGGCCAAAAUCUUUCUAAUUCAUAGAACCACAUUGUGGAGGAGAUUGAAAAAUGAAGUGGAUUUUAAAAGAUACACAGAAAUUGGUGAUGAAGAAUUGUCAACAAUAAUAAAGAACAUAAAAGACGAGCAUCCUCAUAGUGGUGUUUCUAUAGUGAUUGGACAUUUACGAUCAAAUGGCAUAACUGUACAACACAGAAGGGUUCGAAGAGUUUUGAGAGCACUUGAUCCAGUUAAUUCAGCAUUACGGUGGGGUAUGAUGACCUAUAGGAGGGUCUACAGUGUUCCUGGACCAAAUGCGCUAUGGCAUAUCGAUGGGCACCACAAACUCAUAAGGUGGAAGAUGGUUACCCAUGGUGGUAUAGAUGGAUUUAGUCGACUUAUUGUUUAUUUAAAGUGUUCCAACAAUAACCUUGCUGAAACUGUUUUAAAUCUGUUUAUGGAAGCUGUUGAAACAUUUUCUUUACCAUCAAGAGUAAGAGGUGAUAAAGGUUCUGAGAAUGUUGAGGUUGCCAGAUAUAUGGAGCAAACCAGAGGAAGAAAUCGUGGCAGCUUUAUUGCAGGAAGGUCCAUACACAAUUCUCGAAUAGAGAGAUUAUGGAGAGACGUGUUUUACUCUGUAAUUCAAACAUAUUACUCUUUGUUUUAUUAUCUUGAAAGCAUAAGUGAACUAGAUAUUGAAAAUCACAUAGAUAUGCUUUGUCUUCACUACAUAUUCAUUCCAAGAAUUAAUGUGGCAUUGACAGAGUUCAGAAAUGCAUACAACUGUCAUAGCAUGCGGACUGAGCACCACUGGAGUCCAUUUAAAAUGUGGAUCAAUGGAAUGAUCAACCAUAAUCAGCAAAACUCUGUUGGUAAUUGUGUUUUUGAGUUGAAUGAUGACAUUUCUAUAUCAGACAUUGAGACUUUUGGAAUAGACCCAGAAGAAGUGCCAGACCAUGAAUCAUUUGAUGAGGAACUACAUGAUAAUCAAGAAACAUUUCAAUUGCCUGAAUUGCCAACACAAAUGGAUUUGAUCUUUGAAAGGUUAACAUCAUCAGUAAACCCACUAGAUUUAAGUGAAAAUCUUGGAAUUGACUUAUUCAGAGCAGCAAAGCAAAAUUUAUACUCUCUUUUAAACUAAGAUGAAUUGUAAAAAUUGUUUACGAUAUUAAAUAUUAUGGCCAUUGAUUACACUUCCUAGUCAAGCUUACGCUUUAGCAAUAAAACUCUGAUCAUAACA